UCGGCCGGGCCGGCGGUUAUGGGGACGGGCAGCGCCGGGGCCGGCGGGGCAGCCCCCGCAGGGAGCCCCUGCCUGCGCCAUGUAGGCUAUCUGCGAACGGGGGAGAUCCUCGUGGAGUGAGGAGGGCUUGCUUCAUGUUUUCCUUUAUUUUUAGAGGUUUGGUUGGUUUGUUUUUUUUAAGCUGUAGAUGUUUUUCUCGCCCUUUUUUAAAUACCGUUUUUGGAAGAUGAAAUGCUUUUCACGUUACCUGCCUUACAUCUUCAGGCCUGCGAACACCAUCCUCUCCUCCAGCUGCCACACGGAAGCUGACAUUAUCUCUACAGUAGAAUUCAACCACACCGGAGAAUUGCUGGCAACAGGGGACAAGGGGGGUCGGGUUGUCAUAUUUCAGCGUGAGCAGGAGAGCAAGAACCAGCCCCAUCGCAGGGGUGAGUACAAUGUGUACAGCACUUUCCAGAGCCACGAGCCGGAGUUCGAUUACCUGAAGAGUUUGGAGAUCGAGGAGAAGAUCAAUAAGAUCCGAUGGCUCCCGCAGCAGAACGCCGCCUAUUUCCUGCUGUCCACCAACGAUAAAACUGUGAAGCUAUGGAAGGUCAGUGAGCGCGACAAGAGGCCGGAGGGCUACAACCUGAAGGAUGAGGACGGCCGCCUCCGAGACCCCUCCAUGAUCACCUCGCUGCGGGUGCCGGUGCUGCGGCCCAUGGACCUGAUGGUGGAGGCCACUCCGCGCAGGGUGUUCGCCAACGCGCACACCUACCACAUCAACUCCAUAUCCGUCAACAGCGACUACGAGACCUACAUGUCGGCCGAUGACCUGCGGAUAAACCUCUGGAACUUUGAGAUCACAAAUCAGAGCUUCAAUAUUGUGGACAUCAAGCCAGCCAACAUGGAGGAGCUGACGGAAGUGAUCACGGCCGCGGAGUUCCACCCCCACCACUGCAACACCUUCGUGUACAGCAGCAGCAAAGGCACCAUCCGGCUGUGCGACAUGCGCACCUCCGCCCUCUGCGACCGCCACGCCAAGUUUUUUGAGGAGCCUGAGGACCCCAGUAACCGCUCGUUCUUUUCUGAGAUCAUCUCCUCCAUCUCCGAUGUCAAAUUCAGCCACAGCGGGAGGUACAUCAUGACCCGGGACUACCUCACUGUCAAGGUGUGGGACUUGAACAUGGAGAACCGGCCUAUCGAGACCUACCAGGUCCAUGACUACCUGCGGAGCAAGCUGUGCUCGCUGUAUGAGAACGACUGCAUCUUCGACAAGUUCGAGUGCGUGUGGAACGGCUCUGACAGUGUCAUCAUGACCGGCUCCUACAACAACUUCUUCCGCAUGUUCGACCGCAACACCAAGCGGGACGUGACGCUGGAGGCCUCGCGGGAGAACAGCAAACCCCGCGCCGUCCUCAAACCCCGCAAGGUCUGCGUGGGGGGCAAAAGGAGGAAAGAUGAGAUCAGCGUGGACAGUCUGGACUUCAGCAAAAAGAUCCUGCAUACAGCUUGGCACCCUUCAGAGAAUAUCAUUGCUGUGGCAGCGACAAAUAACCUGUAUAUAUUCCAGGACAAGGUUAACUAGGAGGACAAGUUAUUCUUUAGGAGUCUCUCAUGUACUGAAUACUAGUAAACACAGGAUUCCAAAUGUUUCUUUUCUUUUUUUUUUUUUCCUCUUUCUUUGUUUUCCUUUGUUGAAUUGCUGCUAUGUGAAUGGCAGUGUGCAGGGGCAGGUGGACCAGCUGCAGUGGGACCGUGGCUGAGCGCACCGAGCAGCUCCCAGGUUUCCUUUUACCCAAGUGCUGGGAGCUCGGACUCAACACGGAGCAGCUGGGGGGGUUUGAGCUUUUGCUGUCCCAGUGCCCUGGUGGUGUUGCUGUAGUGGUGGCUGAUGUGUGGUGUGGUGAGCUGGCAGUGCAGGGCAUCAUCAGCUGCAGUGGGAGCAGAUGGGCGGCUGCACCUCA